GGGCCGCUCUCCUUACAGAGGUCGCUCUUGCCCGAACGGUCGGACUCCCUCUGUUGCGCCUGCGUAGUCGGGAGGGGAAGUGAGGCGGUUUCCUCGGCGCCUUUUCCGGCGGCGGCAGCGGCAGAACUGGGAGGAGGCUGUGGAGGCCGGAGGGAGCCCGCGCGCGGGGCGGCGGCUGGAGGCAGCGCACCGAGUUCCCGCGAGGAUCCAUGACCUGACCGGGCGCCGGAGCCACGCUGCCUCUCGGGUGGCCUGGGUCGGUGGUGAGCGCGGUGCUCGCGGACCGGGGACCGGGCCGAAGGGCCGCAGUCUCCCGCGGCGGAGCCAGGAGAAGGCGGAGGAGCGGGAACCGCGGCGGCGCUCGCGCGGCGCCUGCGGGGGGAAGGGCAGUUCCGGGCCGGGCCGCGCCUCAGCAGGGCGGCGGCUCUCCCGGCGCAGACUCAGCGCCCCGGCGGCCGCGGCGCCUGGAGGAAUCAAGUUGUGUGGUGGGUGAUGCCCGAGUGAGCGGCGGGCCCGGGCCUCUGCCCAGAGGAGGCGACUCCCACGCAGGCCGCACGGGCGCCCUCGCGACUGGGAGGCUCCGUUUCUGUUUCGCGGCGGCGGCGGCGUUGUUGGCGGAGGGGACCCGGGACACCUGAAUGCCCCCGGCCCCGGCUCUUCCGACGCGAUGGGGAAGGUGCUAUCUAAGAUCUUCGGGAACAAGGAAAUGCGGAUCCUCAUGUUGGGCCUGGACGCGGCCGGCAAGACAACCAUCCUGUACAAGUUGAAGCUGGGCCAGUCGGUGACCACCAUCCCCACUGUGGGUUUCAACGUGGAGACGGUGACUUACAAAAACGUCAAGUUCAACGUAUGGGAUGUGGGCGGCCAGGACAAGAUCCGGCCGCUCUGGCGGCAUUACUACACCGGGACCCAGGGUCUGAUCUUCGUAGUGGACUGCGCCGACCGCGACCGCAUCGACGAGGCCCGCCAGGAGCUGCACCGCAUUAUCAAUGACCGGGAGAUGAGGGACGCCAUAAUCCUCAUCUUCGCCAACAAGCAGGACCUCCCCGAUGCCAUGAAACCCCACGAGAUCCAGGAGAAACUGGGCCUGACCCGGAUUCGGGACAGGAACUGGUAUGUGCAGCCCUCCUGUGCCACCUCGGGGGACGGACUCUAUGAGGGGCUCACAUGGUUAACCUCUAACUACAAAUCCUAAUGAGCAUUCUCCACCCAUCCCCCGGAAAGAAAAAUCAAAAAACCCAUUCAUAGGAUUAUCGCCACCAUCACCUCUUUGAAUUGCCACUUUCUCUUCUUUUGAAUUUGAACUCUGGAGUUACAGUUCUGCGGUUUGGGGGAGGGGGUUAGGGAUUUUCUUUCUUUUCUUUUUUUGCUUUGCGUUAGGAUGCUCUGAUCUGACUUUUUGACAUGAACACAAAGUGCUAGAUGCUCUUGUUGACUUCCAGCAAAUGGGAUGGGGGAAAUAUAGCAGUUCUUGGUAAAUUCCUUUAUAAUAAUGGUUUGAUUUUUUUAUCUCGAGAGAAUCUUCUUUUCCAAUGUAUGCUUUUUUCCUUUUUGCCCAGUUUCCUUAUCACUUGCUGUAGAUGGCUUAUUUUGCAUUCAUGCAGACUAUGUUGCAAGUCUGUUUCAUCUAGUAAACUGAAAAUUAUUGCUUAAUCAAA